AUGGCGUUCCAACACUCAAAUAAUAUUGCUAUUGGAAUCCCUCAUGAAGUGAAGCACAAUCUCGUGCGAAAACUUUUUGCAAUGUUUGGUGAAGGAGUUCGGGUUAUGAAACAUGGCGUGCAACACAAAAUGUUAAAAGUGAAAAGAGAGAAAGCUGACAAAGCCCAUUUGAAGGGCGAGGAAGAAGACUUGGCGCAUCCCCCAAGACGAAGUUCAAUCCCAUUUGGCCAAGUAUUUCAAGAACUUGACCCUUUUUUCAACCGCCGCAUUCAAGUGAAUACUCCACAGAAUAUAUUAAUCAGCCUAAAGAGCGUUGGAAAAACUGAAACUACAUUGGAACUCUACACUCCUUCAUACGUUAUAGCGAGUUUCAUAUUCCCAAGUGGGAAAAAAUUCAAAUAUACGAAAAACUUUGCAAAAUUAUGCAAUAAAUUGAAAAUAGAUGAUCCUCCAAGUCGUCCCGCCGCAGGGAGCAGGUACUACGUCCUAGUGAAUGCAGUUUUUGUGCAUACGGGCGAGGACAAGAUAACCCUUACGGCGUCAAAUGCACAAACUCAAGAUGAACUUUUUAGAAAAAAAUAUGAGAUCUCCGUAGCUCCGCCUUCAAGUAAAUGCUUCCCCAGAAUACGUUUCGAGGAUUGUUCCUCACCACAUAGUCCAAGGAAGGUCGCUAUUCAGCGGAAGAAUAUAGUGGAGGCAAUAGUGGAGAGGAGCUGCGGAUGGGGAUCUUCUUUGGUCUACAGUUGGGAGAUUCGAGAUUUCUUAGAUGAAGAGACCCGGUAUUCCUUCGAAACAGAAAAUAAUCGAAUUUUAAGGAUACCACCACAUACUCUUUGGUUCAACGACGAGAAAACCUUAUUCCAUUUAAUGUACAUCCUAAAAAUUAGAGUCGAAGAAAAUGAAAAGUAUUCAGGUCGCAGCGGUAUAGCAAUAGCACGGUGCUACAUCAUGGUUGUCAUGGCUUCCCCAAUUGCAGUCAUCACUUACGGUAACUUCAGGAUCAUCAACGUACAGGAAGGCGUAAUAGUCGAUGGUUCCCGAAGUCGUGAUAUGUCCAGUCCUAAAGCAGGUACAAACCUAAAGUACCAAUGGAGUUGCACCACAAUUCCCUCUAAUGAUAAAUUUUGCAAGAAGAAUAUGGGAAGAGGAAAGAAGGUGAUAAUACCAGCAAACAACCUAGUCCUGAAUCGUAAAUACAACUUCACCCUUAAAAUAAUAGCAUCAAGGACAUCACUCUCUGCAACAAUUUGGCAAGAAAUCACACCAGCCCACGAGCAACCGCUCCUUGUGUCGUACAAAUGUGUUCGAAACUGCUUCAACCGAGUGGCUAAUACCCAAAAAAGGAUUCAUAUUAAAGCGCGCUGUCAGAAUUGUUUUACUCGGAAGCCUCAAUUCAGAUGGUUCCUCAUAGCUCCCGAAGCAAAAACAUUAGGCCUAGGUAUCAGACUGAUAACUAACGCUUCAACACUUGCACCUGGGACGGGUCAAGCAACUAUAAAAUUGGAAGCUGAAACGAAAGUUCAAAAGGGAUUCAUUAUCUUUAAUAUUGAUUUGACAAGCUCUCUGAGAAUGGGAUCCUGCUCAGUCGAUCCUAAAUCUGGGAAGGAGUUUUCAGAGGAGUUUACAAUCUCGUGCAUGGACUUUAUUUCCGAUUACGAACCUCUGACCUACACAUUAUUUCAAGGAAGCCAGUUGUUACUAUCGCAAACCAACAGCAAUAUGAAAUUAAGGCUUUCUAGCUCAGACAAUUCAAAUUUUGCCAAAUUGAAAUUAGUCGUUUCUGAUGCUAUUGACAGCUUUGUCCAACUUGAACUGAGUGUUUCCUUGGAACCCUUCCAAAUGGAAGUAACUAUUGAAUCAAUUAACGAUUAUAUACAUGACAGCAGUGACGGACCGAGCCUUGAAGGAUUUGUCGAAUCCGGCGACCUGACAACUGCAGUCGCUGCUGUACGAAUCCUUACGAAGAAAAUAAAACAAAUUCCAGAUGAAAUAGGGAGACAUAAUCUAACGGAACACCUCGUAAGCGCACUGGGCAAGGCAGAUCUUAUGACAAUCGUAAGCAUAGAAAAACUCAGCUUCAUUCUAAAUUAUGUCCUACAAAAUGCAACAGCUAAAGACACCCUUGCUCGAAAAACUGGUCUUGCUUUUAAAGCUGUUAGUAGAGGGCUUGAAGAUGCUGAGGCGACGAAAGAUGUAUUUGACUUUCAACCCGAAAGAUACAAAGAAAUGAAUCAGGCGUUUGUACAAGCUGCGGAGAAAUUUUUCAUUCCAACUGAAGAGUUUCCCCCAAUCCAGAAUCCACAGCUGCCAGAGCCGCAAGAUUUUUACAAUGAAAACUAUCCUGACUAUGCAGAUUUCGACUUUGCCAUAAUUUAUCGAAUCAAUAAUUGGAAAGAGUUUGCUGCUUCCACUCGAAACCUUUUUCAUAAACUUGGACGUGGAGCUUUUCAUAUAACUGAACCCGGGGAGGAACCAAUGGAUUUCAAAACUGAUCAAGUAUUUUGGAAUUUGAGUGUUGUGGGUCCUGAGUAUACCACAGUGGCCGACCUUACUAACGGGGCAAAUUUGGUGUCAGUUCCGUUAUCAGUCUUAGGUGAGCUGAUGGAUUCAGAUGUUGAAAACAGCAAGGUUGGCAUUCAAACCGUUAUGUCGAAUGAGAAUCCCUACUGGUGGUACCCUAGACAAUACCAAAUAAGUACCCAAUUCAUAAGUGUUAACGUCUUUAGUGAGAAAUACCAAUCCACAAACUAUACAGUCACCAGCAUAAGGUCGAAAUUUGAUAUAUUUUUUGGACUGAAAAAAGUAGCUGAGCAGUUGGAGACUGUCGAUACUUACGGUUUCGUAAAACCAGAAGGUGACAUGCCAAUAUACGAAGCUAAAAUUCCAGGGAACUCGUACCUAACGAUUCAAUUUUUAACCACAACUGAUGCAAUCAGAGUUUUUGUCAAACUAGGAUCCUUUCCGAAAUAUCGUGAAGUGGUCAGCAAAAGUGAAUUGGUCUCAACAUCGACUGGACGAUAUUUUAUAGGACACUUGAACCAGCAAAACGCGGAUACAAUUGGUUACAUGGCUAUUCUUCCAAACUCUUCACCAAGUUCCGAAAAUAUCAAUUUCCACUUCAGAUCAUCCAUUCACUCUUGUAACAAUUGGAGUCCUUCCGAAGAACGUUGGACCACGGAUUACUGUCAAGUAGGCACUGAUACGAACUCAACUCAUAUUCACUGCAAAUGCAAGCAUUUCACUGACUUCGCUGCGCUAGUCUUCAAAACUCCAAACUCCAUCAACCUCCCGCGCGAUAUACUCAAAUCCGUCGAGGCAAACAUCAUAUUCCUUCUGGCUUUCACUUUAUUACUCCUUAUUCUGAUCGCAUUUCUAGUCUGGGCUGCUCAUAGAGAUUAUAAAAAACAAACGGAACCUGAGGUUCUUUAUCCACAGAAAUCCGAUCCUUGCAAGAAAUAUCUGUAUUUGGUUACAAUUUUAACUGGAAACUACCCAUUUGCCGGAACAACGGCCAACAUCACAGUUCAACUGAAUGGCUCAGAGCUGCAGUCGGAACCAAUUGUUGCCUCCUGUCGAAAAUUCCACGAAAUAUUCAGAAGGAACUCUGAAGCAACAUUCGCUUUGACCACAUACGAUCACUUGGGACAGUUGGAAUCGAUAAGUCUAUCCAAUGAUUAUACCGGACGACAUCCUUCUUGGUACUGCAGAAUGGUUCGCGUCAAGGACACAGUUCGACGAGAAGAGUUUAUUUUCUUAGUAAAUAAAUGGUUUUCACGAAUCUACGGUACCUCGACAGAGCACGAUAUUCGCCUUGCAAGGCAGGACCAGCUAAAAAAUACAAGAUACAUAGUCCUUGCCCAUAUAAAGAGAUGUUUCAAAGAAAUGUACCUUUGGUAUGGCUUGUUUUGCCCACACCCUAGAAGUCCUUUGACUCGUAAAGAGAAGACAAUCGUAUUUUUGUCAGGUCUGUGUUUUGGAGCCAUGCUAAGUAUCACGUUUUACGGACGAACAACCGUUGACAAUAUUGAGGAUGAGCGUGUGAAGUACAAGAGAUUCAUACUGACAUUUUCUAAUAUUUUGCAUACCAUUUUGUGUACCAUUGUUGGAAUGUUGUUGGGAAUGCUUAUUGUAACACUUUUCCUGAAAAGUAAAAGACCAGGUCCUUCAUAUACAAUAAUAUACGCGAAAAAGAAAUAA